AUGCUAGCACCAGUGCUUGUCAGCGAUGAUGAGGCGCAACAACCUGAACAAGUUCCUCCUACCUCAGAAGGUCUGGUCAAGCGCAAGAGGCCUGUGAAGUCCCGAAUGCCCUCUGACGAACGCGAAGCGAUUGUUACCAUGUUUUUGGACAGGAGCGGCUUUAAAGACGAUGAUGAUUUGCAGGACUUAUGGGAUCGUGCCACUCGCAACGGCAUGCCUAUCUGCGAUGCACUAACGUUGGGAGAGAAAGUGCGGCCACUGCUGGAGAAAUGGCUCAUUGGACACUUCGGGACCAGAAGAGUUGUUAGCCACAAAUAUUACCACGUGGAAGUGACCAUGGCCCAUUGGGAACAGUUCAUCAACUGCAGCCAUGACUGGUUAACAAACAUAAGAGAUAUCGGCAGAUAUGUUGAGAAGGAAGGCGUUGACACUGCGGAGGAGAAACUGUGUCAGAUAAACUUUGUUGACCCCCAGUUCAUGAAAGGCAGGAAAGGCAAAGGGCGUAAGAGCCAGAGAUGGCACGGCGCUGCAACCAUAGUUAAGCGGCUCGCAAUGAUUUAUGGCAAGCUGCCUAAUAUUGCUUCAGAGAGGAAGGCCAACCCACUUUCAUUGGACGAUGUAGAUGAUGACAUAGAUGAUGCUAGGGUGGACUACAAAGUAGGCGCUGCAAGACUGCCUGAUAUCCCACCUGAGUGUUGCAGCAGGGAAGAAUCUACAAGUCCUAUUCUGUUACUGAGUGAGCCAAUAGAACCUCAAACCCUGCAUGAGCUGACCUCAGAAUCCCCAGAAUGCCAUACUCGACAUAUGCCCAAUUACAGUGUCAGUGUGCCGAGCGACAAAACUGCUCAACGAGUGUAUGUCGAGCAGAUGCCGGAUAUCAUAGGAGCAUCGACGACAGCGUACUUCGAAGUCAGCCUGAUUGGAAUCUUUCAGCAGGCUAUGGUGACCCUCCAUGCUUCUGCAUCAGGUAUAGCGCAGUGGUACAAUGAAUCACUUCGGACGCCUGCAACCCACGUUCCCAACAACUUUGUUUUGGAAAGCAAACUCACGGCAGAGUUGGUCUAUGACGCUUUUUUUCUACACGGGCUGCUGCUGGAUGCGUACAAUAGGCACGAGCACCUGACUUUGCCCAACAGCGGAGAGCACCGAGGUCACAUGAACAAGGCACUCGAGGACAGGAACAGAUGA